GGCCCGCGCGGGAGAAAUUAGACCGUCCCGGGGCAGUGUCGGCUGGCGGGGACGACAGGCAUCUGCCGCCCCCAGUGACAAUGGCUGUGUUUCACGACGAGGUGGAGAUCGAGGACUUCCAAUAUGAUGAAGACUCGGAGACGUAUUUCUACCCCUGCCCGUGUGGGGAUAACUUCUGCAUUACCAAGGAAGAUUUGGAGAAUGGGGAAGACGUGGCAACGUGUCCUAGCUGCUCUCUCAUUAUAAAAGUAAUUUAUGACAAGGAUCAGUUUAUGUGUGGAGAAACAGUCCCAGCCCCUUCCACUCACAAAGAAUUAGUUAAAUGCUGAAGAAGACUUUAGGAAUCCAAAUGCUGAACAUUUGGGAAUGAGCCAGGCUGGAAAAAUCAAAUGCAAAGUUACUGGCUUCUUCCUGAGGACAACCAUUCUGUAGUUGGCUCUUCCAUUAGAGUGUGGAUCCUUGCCUUUGGCUGCCAAGUUCAUCUCCAAUUAAAGAAGCAAGUGCACAACACGACAUGCCUGGAUUUUGUGCUUAGAACUUUGAAUUGGAUGUGUUGUUAAUUUUCCAUGUGAAUUUUGUGUCUCACACCUGUUUUCUUCCUUAUCCGAUCACAGCAUCAUCUACCUCAAAGUCAUUAGGAUUCCUUAAUAAAAGGGGGGAUUAUAUUUUUGGUUUAUUUAUUAAGAUGAU